AUGAAACCAUACAGUGUGCUCGCCCCAUACCUGCCCUUUACUCUACUAAAGCAACCGAUUGCUCAGCCAGCUUUCGUUGCCCUCGGUGGCGUUAGACACGAAUCUACUUUGAACAAGUGGAAAGGCUCAUCAACAGACGACCAUUCCACUCAGAGAUCUAAGAAAGGAGAUACAUACGAUAUUGCCUCCGAGGCAUCCGCGUCUGGCAUGGAAGAAAGACAGGAGAAUCAGGGGAUCGCGGACCAGACCAAGUCCCAGGGCACCACACAGAGAGGCGGUAUUAAGAGCAGUAAAAAGGCUAAGGCGGAGCACCCAGCGGCUCCAGAGCCUAUAAUUGGAAUGAAUGAUGAGCGAGCACAGAAGGGCCAUUGA